AUGUCUGAUCUACCAUUUUCCUGCGCUCUCGUCACCGGCGGAGGGGGUGGCCUAGGCAAGGCCAUUGCCGUAUACCUCCUAAGCAAAGGCAAAAAGGUCAUCAUCGCCGGCCGUACGGAGAGUACACUACGAGAGUCAGCUAAAGAGAUCGGAGCAACUGACUAUUUCACCCUGGAUACGGGCGUGGUCUCACAAAUCCCAUCCUUCAUCACGACCGUCACGGCAAAAUACCCCGACCUCGACUGCCUAAUCAACAACGCCGGCGUCCAGCGCCCACUAGAGGUCCUCAAAGACGACCCAACCGACUUCCUAGCAAAAGCAGACCAAGAAAUCGAUAUUAACAUCCGUGGACCAAUGCACCUUACCCUCGGUCUUCUGGAACAUUUCAAAACCAAACCGAACGGGGCUACGAUUAUGAAUGUUUCUUCUAUUCUAGGCUUUGUGCCCUUUUCCGUUAUCAAUACUGUAUAUAAUGGGACCAAGGCAUGGCUGCAUUUCUGGAGCAUGACGCUUCGUACGCAACUUGCGCGUGGGGGGUAUGAGCGAAUCAAGGUCAUUGAGAUUGCGCCGCCUUCGGUGGGAACGGACUUGCAUCGGGAUCGGGAGGAUCCGGAUGAUAAUAAGAAGCAUAAGAAUCCUAAUGCACUUUCUGUGGAGGAGUUUAUGGAGUUCUUCACCUCUGCUUUGGAACGUGGGGAUAGUAUGAUUGCUCCUGGGAUGAGUCAGGAUGUUGUGGAUAAGUGGUAUGCGGAAUUUGGGUCGAUGUAUGAUACGUUGACGAGGGAGAAGAAAUAA